CGCUCGGAAUGCGCUGCUGAGCCAUGAUUUGCGGCCCGGAGCGCUCGGCCGCGGCGACGCGCCUCGCCUGCUGGGCCGCGCUGCUCGUCGCGUCGGCCGGUCUGAUUGGGGGCGGUGGCGGGAGCGGGAGCCACCGCGCCUCCGCGUCGGCGCUGGCGCUGCGGCGCGAGGACAGCCUCGCGCGGCUCCCGUACGGGGUCGUCUGGGUCGGGGGCGGCGGCGCGGAGGACCCGGAGGCGGACCUGCCGUGCCGGGACGGCGCGGCGAGCGCGCGGACCUGCGAGGAGCUGGGCGGGUCCGGGUCCUUCGACGCGGUCUGCGUCAUCGCCUCCAGCACCGCCGCCCUGUCCCGCGACGCCUGCGCGCACGGGAGCGGCAGCGUCGAGAUACGCGCCGGGGUGAGCAUCGCCUGCCGGGUCCCCGGCUGCCGGCUCGUGUUCAACGUGUCCGGGACCAUCGCGGUCGGCGAGCGCGCCGAGCUCGUCGCCGGCUCCGUCGGCCUGCACGCCGCCAACGUCUCGCUGGGCCGCGGCUCUGCCGUCAACACCACGGGCCUCGCCGGCGCGCCCCCGCCCCAGACCUCCGGCACGCCGCACGGCCCCGAGGGCGCCGGCGGCGGCCACGGCGGCCGCGGCGCGUCGUGCAAGGUGUCGAACGACACCAACUGGGGCGGUGACGUGUACGCGUGGGCCUUCCUGGACAAUCCGUGGAGCUACGGCAGCAAGGGUGGGAGCUUGACCGCUGACGAGAGGCUUGGAGGGGACGGCGGAGGCCGCGUCUUGCUCAGGGCGAGUGACAUUUUGACGGUUGAUGGAGUUGUGCUUGCUGAAGGAGGCGUGGGCAGUCUCCAAGGGGGCGGUGGGUCUGGUGGGAGCAUUAUGAUCAAGGCUUUCAAGCUAUAUGGAAAUGGUACAAUAAGUGCUGGCGGUGGUAAUGGAUGGGGCGGAGGAGGUGGUGGGAGGAUAUCCCUAAAAUUUUACAGCAUUCAGCAAGAUUUGGAAAUUAUAGCUCAUGGUGGACAGAGUUUUGGGUGCCCCCAGAAUGCUGGUGCAGCAGGCACAAUAUAUGAUAAAUCAUUGGAGACUCUAAAGGUCAGCAAUGGAAACUUCACCACGCAUACGGAAACUCCAUUGCUGGGUUUCUCAGUGACUAAACUUUGGUCCAAUGUGCUUGUCGAGAGCAAUGCAAAAGUUCUGGUUCCCUUGCUGUGGUCCAGAGUACAGGUGACAGGGCAAAUAAGGCUACUUACUGGGGGUAGCAUUUGCUUUGGGUUGUCUGAAAAUCCAAUUUCAGAGUUUGAACUGGUUGCAGAGGAGCUUCUAAUGAGUGACUCUGUUAUAAAGGUGUAUGGUGCUUUCAGAAUGUAUGUGAAGGUGCUCUUGAUGUGGGAUUCGAAGAUUCAGAUAGAUGGUGGGGGUAAGGAUGUUGUUCUUGCAUCCAUGCUUGAGGCAAGAAACCUUGUCGUACUCAAGCAUGGGUCAGUGAUAUCUUCCAAUGCUGCUUUGGGAGUUUAUGGACAAGGACUUCUUAAUUUGAGUGGUCCUGGAGAUGGAAUCAAAGCACGCCAACUGUUUCUGUCUCUGUUUUACAACAUUGAAGUUGGUCCUGGUUCCGUUGUCCAGGCUCCACUGGAUGAGGAUGUUCGAAGCAGCUUGGAUGCACUUUCGGUCUGUGAAAGUAAAACAUGCCCUAGUGAGUUAAUCGCACCCCCUGAUGAUUGCCAUGUGAACAGCUCCUUGUCAUUUACACUACAAAUUUGCCGUGUUGAAGACAUAACUGUCGGUGGCAUAGUCAGGGGGAGUAUAAUUCAUAUUCAUCGAGCAAGAACUGUGACUAUUACGGAUGGUGGCGCAAUAAGUGCCUCAGAGUUAGGUUGCAAAGCAGGCAUUGGUAGAGGAACAUUUCUUAAGUAUGGAGCUGGUGGUGGGGCUGGUCAUGGAGGCCAGGGUGGUAUAGGGAUUUACAACGGCAUGACAAGUGAAGGAGGUCAAAAAUAUGGCAGUGCUUAUCUUCCAUGUGAGCUAGGAAGUGGUAGUGGUUCUCUUGAGUCAGGCGAUAGCAAUGCUGGUGGGGGAUUAAUAGUCAUUGGGUCGAUGAAAUGGCCACUUGCAAGAUUGUUAAUUUAUGGUUCUGUGAGCUCUAAUGGUGAAAACAAUAGAGACACAACUGGAAAUUCCAGUGGGUCCUUCAAAGGUGGCAUUGGUGGUGGUUCUGGAGGAACAAUUCUUUUUUUCCUUCAAGGGCUUCUGGUAGAGAAAAAUUCUUCACUGUCAGCAUCUGGGGGCAAAGGAGGCAUACAUGGUGGAGGUGGUGGUGGCGGUGGCAGAAUACACUUCCACUGGUCAAAUAUUGCUACUGGAGACGAAUUUGUUCAGAUUGCUUCAAUCAAUGGUACAGUAGCAUCAAGUGGAGGUUCCGGUAAUGAUGAUGGGCAUUUUGGAGAAGAUGGAACAAUAACAGGAAAGGAGUGCCCUGUGGGACUAUAUGGAACAUUUUGUACGGAAUGCCCAGUUGGAACAUAUAAAAAUGUUGCUGGGUCCAACUCAUCUCUCUGCACCCCUUGUUCUUUGAAUGCUCUUCCAAACCGUGCUGACUUCAUAUAUGUAAGAGGUGGUGUUACCCAGCCAUCCUGCCCGUAUAAGUGCAUAUCUGCUAAGUACAAGAUGCCAAAUUGUUACACACCACUUGAGGAAGUUAUAUAUACUUUUGGGGGUCCUUGGUCUUUUGCAGUUUUCCUAUUCUUUGCAAUUAUUCUUUUGGCACUCAUCUUAAGUGCCGUAAGAGUUAAAAUUGGUGAGAGUGAAGUGACGUAUCGGGCUACAAGUGCAAUCCACAAUGAUGCCUAUGCUUCUUCGCCUUUUUUGCUUUCAUUGGCUGAGGUACCUGGGGCCAGCAGGGCAGAAGAAACACAAAGCCAUGUGCACAGAAUGUACUUCAUGGGACCUAAUACAUUCCGAGAACCGUGGCAUCUUCCUUACUCGCCCCCUGAAUCUAUAAUUGGCAUUGUGUAUGAAGAUGCUUUUAAUCGUUUUAUCGAUGAGAUAAACUUGGUAGCAGCCUUUGAGUGGUGGGAAGGUUCUGUGCAUAGUAUACUUGCAGUACUUGCAUAUCCUUGUGCCUGGUCUUGGAAGCAAUGGCGCAGAAGAAAGAAAAUCCAUCGUCUUCAAGAAUACGUUAAAUCUGAGUACGACCAUUCAUGUCUUCGCUCUUGCAGAUCACGGGCUCUAUAUAAAGGGCUGAAGGUUGGUUCAACUCCAGACUUGAUGGUCGCUUACAUUGAUUUCUUUCUGGGAGGUGAUGAGAAACGACUUGAUGUAGCGGCCACAAUCCAGAAGAGGUUUCCAAUGUGUUUAAUUUUUGGCGGUGAGGGGAGCUAUAUGUCCCCAUACCACCUGCACAGUGAUACAUUACUGUCAAAUCUUCUUGGCCAGUAUGUGUCUACUGCGAUCUGGAACAGAUUAGUAGCUGGCUUGAAUACUCAGUUGAGGACAGUAAAGCAACGCAGCAUCCGGUCAACUCUGGGCCCGGUUGUUUCUUGGAUUAAGAGUCAUGGGAAUCCCCAACUUGAGCGACAUGGUGUUCGAGUAGAGCUAGGGUGGUUUCAGGCCACUGCUUCUGGUUAUUACCAGCUAGGUAUUGUUGUAGCAGUGAAUGAAAACUUCUACAAGAGUCACCACCAUCACGAGCAUGCCCCAGAUUUUGGUGAUCGCUCAAGGAAGAAUUUUGCAGUUCCACUACUGGGUUCCAAGCAGGCAGUUCAGGAUCAGCCUUGCACAAGCUACGGUGUUUCCAGAAAGCGGUUGACAGGCGGAGUGACUGGUGGGGUCAUAAACGAAGAGACACUGAAGUCACUGGACUACAAAAGAGACUAUCUAUUCCCUCUGUCGUUGCUCUUGCAAAAUUGCAGGCCUAUUGGCUAUGCGGAAACAUUGCAGUUGCUUAUCUGUGUUGUACUUGUGGGUGAUUUUACCAUCACCUUGCUUAUGCUUGUACAAUACUACUGGAUAUCUGUUGGAGCUUUCCUCGCUGUACUGCUUAUUCCACCCCUUGCUUUGCUUUCCCCUUUUCUUGCUGGCCUCAAUGCACUUUUCAGCCGAGGACCAAAAAGAUCUUCUGUCACCCGUAUUUUUACACUUUGGAAUACUACUUCUGUUAUAAACAUUAUUGUAGCAAUCGUCUAUGGUGCUAUGUACUCUGGGCUAUCUUCUUUGACAGUGUCUUCAGUUCAUGCAUCAAACGCCAAAAGCUUCAAGGGUAGGGAUGAUGAUGGAUGGUGGAUAAUGCCAGUCGUCUUGUUUGUUGUCAAGUCGCUUCAAGCCAGACUGGUCAACUGGCACAUAGCAAAUCUGGAGAUCCAGGAUCAUUCCUUGUUUAGCCCUGACCCGGACAGAUUCUGGACAAUGUAGUGUACCCAGACGCAAGAAUGGCAGAAUCUGAACGGCAUGGCACUGCUGUAUUUUGUCCCCUGUAUUCGUCGGUCUAACGGGUGUCAUGACGCUCUAGACCCUAAACUUGUUCCGGCAUAGUGUAGAUGUGUCUGAAGUGAAAUUUUGUUAGUCCGGAGUAUGUACAUUGACCGUUAGAAUAGGGUUUUGUUGUUUUGGGUGAACUAGAUUUCUUUAGUUUAUAGGUUUUUAGCUUGAGCUAGUGAUCAGAGUGUACAGCAAGACACAGGUGGUGUGAUUGGCGUUCGUAUGGUGUACAUUAUGUAAGUAAUAAAUAGUAGGAGUGAGUGCAUAUCAAAUUAGUGAUGUCCAUUUUUACUCGGGAUGUGCAUGAGUUGUGCAACACAGUGAACAAUGUCGUCAUUGCAAAUUUGCAAUCGAUUUGCAGGAGACGGAUACCAUAUCUCUUCUUCU